UCCUGUGAAAGCAGCUAAACCUGAGAAAUGCUUCAUUCUUUUCCUUGGAAGGUACCUGAAGCUGUUGAGGCAUCUGGAGCGUGAAACGAGGUGGAAACACAUCUGAAAACAAGAGCUACGUCUGGGCAGACUUAAGGCUGGAGAAAGCACGCCCCGUAAGGUGAGACAGCAUCAGGAGUCGUGCGCGUGGAAGUUCUGCUCCUAACACGGCUUUCCAAAGGUUGUCCUGCACCUACAGACCAGCCAGGCUCCUCAUCCGGACAAUACAGCGAAUACAUAAACAGCUGGGGUACGGCAGGUGAUGGUAUAGCUCCUGCUGCUGCAAUAGGCAUUCCGUGAUCGUGUCAGCCAGCCUUCAGGCUAGCAUAAAUACGUACGUUCAGUGGCUCAAAACCUCUCUCUCGGGUGGCACACGGACAUACUCAAAAUGUCGAUGGAUAUAACUUUCCUCGGCACAGGCUCGGCGUAUCCCUCUCCAACAAGAGGAGCGUCGGCGUUAGUGCUUCGCAGGGAAGGAGAGUGCUGGCUCUUCGACUGCGGAGAGGGAACUCAAACGCAAUUCAUGAAGAGCCACCUCAAAGCAGGCAGAAUUACCAAGAUUUUCAUCACCCAUCUUCACGGUGACCACUUUUUCGGACUUCCUGGCCUGCUGUGUACACUUAGCCUCCAAAGUAGCCCUGACCCAAACAAACCCCCUGUUGAUAUUUACGGGCCAUUAGGGCUUACACGGGACCAGUGCCCUGCAGAAGAAUUUAAAGAUUUUUCUUACUUGGACAGAGAAGAGAGAGCUCCCCAGGGAGCACAAGGGCGAAUACUCCACCUGGAUCCAGUAGACAACUCCUACUUGCUGGUUGAGGAUGAGCAGCUAGUUCUGAAAGCAUUUCGCCUUUUUCACCGCAUUCCUUCCUUUGGCUUUGUGGUGGAAGAGAAGCCCCGGACGGGUAAACUCAAUGUACAGAAACUGAAAGACCUUGGAGUUCAGCCAGGUCCUUUAUAUGGGAAACUGAAGAAUGGUACAGCAAUCGUUCUAGAAAACGGCGUAACGAUUUCUCCUUCAGAUGUCUUAGAAGAUCCUAUUCCUGGAAGAAAAGUCUGCAUUUUGGGGGAUUGUUCAGGGGUGGUUGGAGAUGUGGCCAUGAAGCUUUGCUGUGAAGCAGAUGUACUGAUACAUGAAGCCACGUUGGAUGAUUCCCAAGAGGAAAAGGCCAGGGAGCACGGUCAUAGCACCCCAAAAAUGGCAUCAGAUUUUGCAAAACUGUGUAAAGUUAAGAAAUUGGUUUUGACUCACUUCAGUCAGCGGUAUAAACCAGCUGCUCAGAGAGGCGAGGGAGAUGCGGACAUCACCGAACUGAAGAGACAGGCAGAGUCGGUGUUAGAUGGUCAGGAAGUAAAGCUGGCUGAGGAUUUUAUGACAAUAGAGGUUCCACUGAAAAAGUAAAAAUUACGUUGGCAAGCCCUGCAUGAAGACAUAAGGUAGGAUGGUGUUGCAUGGCACUUAAAAAUAACGGUAGGGUUUCUGGUAUCCAGAUCAGUUCUCUUUGUGGCACGCAGAGACCCCUUGCAAACUGGAGAGAGUACCAGGUACAGUUAGCGUUGCUUUUGUAAAGCAAGAAAAAAAGGAUACUCAAACAUCUGGAACUUGGAAUAAAUUCAUUAAGUGAUGGUUUUGGACACCUAGCCUCCCCAAAAAAACUGAAUGUGUGUAUGCUGGCACAAGCCUUCACAGCACAGGGUUCUUCCUUGGACCACAGAUGCCUAGAGUGGAGCACUGGCUCAUUUGGCUUAAUACAGCCCUGAGGGAGGUUUGUGUUCUGCACCAGAAUUUAGGAUCUUUUGCCUGUCACAAGCUUCUGAAGAACACCUAUUUCAAACCUGUAUAUGGUAUUUUGUAACUGUUACCUGAUUUCUGUGUAUUUAUAACGCUGCCAAUUGUUUGUA